UGAAAGAGAUGCACUGGGACAUCAAGCUACAAUUCAGCCAGGACAGAUAUCUUUUGCUGAGGAUAAGGAUCCUUCUGAAACAAAUCCAGACAAGAGCUGCUACAGUAAAUACACAGAUCUGUAUGCACCAGGUGUUGAGGACGAGGAUGAGGAGCUGGUCCUUGUCAAUGUGGAGAAUUUCCAACACACAGUGAUUGAGAUGCACAUAACACUACCUGAAAUUGUAGCAAACCUGUCGCUUCCUAUUGAUCACAAAAGAGUCAGCAGGUUCAACAUCUCGAGGGCUAAUGUUUGGGAGGGAGCUGUCAGAGGUUUCAGACGUUCAUCAUAUUCUGAAAACUGUGACAUGCUGGUCAGAUUUACCGAUGAUGCAGGUGUUUAUGAGGAAGGGAUUGACACAGGUGGUCCGAGACGAGAAUUUUUAACUCUGCUAAUGAAGCACCUGAAAGACCGGCCAAUUUUUGAUGGACCAGAGGGACAUAGGUUCUUGGUCUACAAUGCAAAUGCUGUUAGGGAGGAUGAAUACUUCCUGGCAGGAAAGAUGAUUGCAGUUUCAGUUGUACAUGGAGGUCCGGGACCCCAUUUCCUGUCAGAAGAUCUUGUACAGUAUCUUGCUGGCCAGCCUUCAGUCAAACCAACAGUUAAUUUAAUAACUGAUGAAGAAAUAGGGAAAGCUUUGCGAGAGGUGGGGAUAACAUAA